GGAUCCUCUAGCUGACAUAAGCCACCAGUCUUCGGGGUACGUGACGUAUGAAACGCGGAGGCCACUUGUGUCUUGAGUCGGACCGAGGCUGGGGAGAGCAUUAUGUCAGGGCCUGAGGAGGGGACACCAGUUGGAACGGGGGGGUUCCCAUACACAACACCUCCGAUACAAACACAACCAAGCCAUGUAAUAUCAUCAGCCAUCCUCCCAUUGAUGUGAAGAUCUGGAGGAGGGGUCGUCCCCGUGUGACGAUGACCUCAUAACCGGUGGCCCUGCAGAUGAGGCGAGCGUGACGUCGUCCUGGUGUAAUGACGUCAUACCAGACUAUUUAGAGGAAGCGUUGGGGACGUCGCCUCUACGAGCAACGAUAUCACACCUCCUGUAGAAGACCGCAUAGCAAGUCAUCCAGGACGAGUGUGGCACUGCUAAUAUUGUGACUUUCCCCAGCAUCAAGCCUCAUCACUAUCAGACCGUCCUGAACCCAAGAUUGUAGUGACAUGUCCUCAGGCUGAGGCCUCGACACCGGACCUCUGCAACCAGAUCAGAACCAGGCGUCAGACUUAGACCUGGACGACCGGAGGGACCAUACCGGCUCAGCCUCCAGACUCUUCUAAAGAAAUCCCAGGCAGUUUUGGAACGCCCCAAACCAGGCAGGAACCAGCCAGAAUCAGAACCAAAGAGCCAGACUGGAGAUGUAGACUUGGACCCGGAAUGGAACCAGUGGCAGGGCCGUACCGCCUCAGCCUUCAGACCUGCUGAAAAAGUCCCAGGAGCACCGGAGACGCCAGCGUCAGCUGAAGAACCAGGCCAAGACCUCUACUUGUCCUACCAGGAUCCAGGAGGCCUCGACACACCAGAAGAUGGAGGAGGACAUCAGUUUCUCAGACAAGGAGAAUGAGGAGUUCCUCCAGUCAGGGAGAGUGGUGGCGGAGGAAGGAAAACCCGGGACAGGGAUUGGAGAAAGGAUCUCUGGGAAUGGGAGUCCAGUUUUCCAGACCGCCACCACUAGAGAUAUUCCCUAAGGAAGCGUGGGUUCCACGUGAGGAGGAGAGGCGAGCUCUAGGAUUGUGGAAAGAAUGGGACUCAACGAAAAAGGAUGUCAUGAAAGAAUAUUGAAGGAAUUGGAGGCUGGAAAUGGCCCUUCACAUUUGGUUGGUCGAGAAGGAAACACCCAAUCCCAAUCUCCUCCAGGAGUGGACAUUGAUGCUGCUCGGCAGCCGAAGACAUCCAGCUCCACUCUCACCAGACGUCACAGCAGCACCGUCAUUGCUAAUGGAGAACCUUCCACAUCCUAUCUCAGCCUCCAUAACCCAGAAAUCAUUCUACCUAGUCAGGGAGAAGAGCUCUACCCUGCCGAGGCUCCUCUCUGGGGGGUAGUAGGUUCCAGACCGUCCCUACCCCCCAGUUUAGUAUGAGCCCUAUCCGCUGUAAGAGUAAAGGAAACAGUGGGGGAGGAGGGCGUGGCACCCCAAGAGGCAGAUCCUGGUAAACACACCUUUGAAUGUAGACAACGAGGUGGGGUCGGUGACUGGGCAGGAAGAAAUGAUGCUCGGGACCAAAGGCAUCUGCACAGAGCGCCCCUAGUGGCUGGGGGUGGUACAACACCUAUGCGUAGGAGCUCAGACCAGGCAGAACAGAUAGYUCAGCUGGAGCUCAACCUGUCCAGCCUCAAAAUACUGAUCUCAGACYUGGAGUCCACGCUCACAGAGACACCAGAGAGCCACCAGACACACAACAACAGCCAGACUGAUAAUAUAGACCAACAACACAAAUACAUGGACGACCACACACCUGACAGCCAGGCCUUACAGAGAACAGGGAACCAGACACACAACAACAGCCAGACUGAUAAUAGUAGUAACCUUACCAUGGACCCGCCACAUAAAUACAUGGACUACCAUACACCUGAGAGUCAGGCAGAGAGUAACCUUACAGACAGUGAGAAAGGAAGAGGGGAUGGAGGUCAGAGGUCAGCUGAUAAGAUGGCGGUGGUCCCCUGUAGAGUCCAGUGGUGUGACAGCGUACCUCCAUUGGUCAAGGAGGUGGAGAUCACUGUUACAACGGGUUACAAAAGACAAGAUGGUCGCCAGCAGCAGCCUCUUGCAGCGGGCCUCGUCACCUCCCUCACUCAGAAGAGGAGAGUUCCUGACGUGUUCCGGAAGGUUCCAUAUGAUGUCAUCAAGGUUCCGUCGGAAGUCAUCAAGGUUCGGAAUGACGUCGUCAAGAUUCCGGCAUCACACAAAACACCUUUCUCCGUCCUCUCAGACGCCAGUGACAACCAGCACCAGCCAAUGGAGUGGAAGAGUUAUCUGGAGGACCCUGCCCACUUCCAAUCCAUCAACCAAUCGUAUGACGUGGACACGCCCUCAGGGCUCUGGCUCCAGGGAGGGUCAGUGUCAGAGGGGUCGUUGAAAGGUCAUGACCCCGCGSGGAAGCAGCUGACCCCUGAGAACGGAGGUGGUGGUCAGGGAGGGGCGUCAAGGGCCAAACGUAGACUGGUCAUGCACACGACAGAGGGGAACAGGGGACGAGGACGRAGAGAGGUGAUGGACAGGCCUCACUCCAGUACUCCUAAAGCUGCGGUGCGGUCACACAGUCAGGAGAACCAGCAGGUGGGAUCCUGUUCCAGUCAGGAGAACCAGCAGGUGGGAUCCUGUUCCAGUCAGAAGAACCAGCAGGUGGGAUCCUGUUUCCAGUCAGGAGAACCAGCAGGUGGGAUCCUGUUCCAGUCAGGAAGAACCAGCAGUGGGAAUCCUGUUCCAGUCAGGAGAACCAACAGGUGCGAUCCUGUUCCAGUCAGAAGAACCAGCAGGUGGGAUCCUGUUCCAGUCAGGAAACCACAGCAGGUGCGAUUCCUGUUCCAGUCAAAGAACCAGCAGGUGGAUCCUGUUCCAGUCAGGAGAACCAACAGGUGCGAUCCGUUCCAUCAGGAGAGCCAGCAGUGGGAUCCUGUUCCAGCAGGGAACCAGCAGGUGCGAUCCUGUUCCAGUCAGGAGAACCAGCAGGUGGGAUCCUGUUCCAGUCAAGGAAAACCAGCAGCUCCAGCUGAAGCAACCCAAUGCAGCCCAGGUCAGAGCCCUGAAGGAGGAGCAGAGGAGACAGCAGCAACAACUACUGCAGAUGCUGCUGUACGUUACCAGCUACUCCAGAGUUUGUCCUUCCCUGUGUCCUCCUGCCCCACAUCCAGCUCACGUCUAGGGACAACACGACCUCCCUCCUCCCCCUUUCUUCCAUCCCUCUGCCUCCAUCCCCCUGUCCAUCCCUCUGUUCUCCCCCUCACCAGGAUCCCUCCUUUCAGACCCAGACUCCCCCUCACCAGGAUCCCUCCUUUCAGACCCAGACUCCCCUACCAAUCCCCUUCCGAUCCAGAUCCCUCCUUCAGACCAGACUCCCCUCACCAGAUCCCUCCUUUCAGACCCAGACUCCCCCUCACGGUCUCCCAGGUGUCUUUCUGUGUGUUUUGCCCCCUGGUGGCAGCAGCAGUGAAGGGAUACCUAACCAGGAGGCUCCUACGCACAGAGAGAGUGCGACAGCUGCUAUGUACCAUCAAGGACACGCAGCAGUUCCUGCAGUCCUUCCAGCCCAGAGCCCUGGGAGAGACAGCAGGCAAGACCUGGUGCUGCAGGAGAGAGUCACACUACAGCUCCGAUCGGCACGUUAUGAGUUCCAGGACAUCUUCUGUCUGUCAGCAGGAGACAGGAUGCAGAUCAUCAGCUGGGACAGACACUGGCCAGGGACAGGGAGAUGAGACGCCAGACUGGGGAAACGGGGUCGACCAGGGGGAAGAGUUCUCUGUCAGCUGCUACACAGAAGGCCUUGGAGAGGAAGAGAGGAGUCAUGAUGAGGAAAGCGGCAGAGGGGCAGAGGGGGACUGGAGCUGUGGUUGUUGCCUGCCAGAAGGGUCCUCUGGCUGGGGCAGAGGGGCAGAGGGGGACUGGAGCUGUGGUUGUUGCCUGCCAGAAGGGCCCUCUGGCUGGGGCAGAGGGGAACGUCGUGAAGCAGACACGUGGGUCUUUUCGACCCAACCCUCAAAGGGUCCCCAAGACCACCCAGUCCCGCAGAUCUCGGUGAAGAUGGUCUACUURUCGGGCUAGACUGGACCGGAACUGGGUCGUGUUCAUUUUGGCACAGUGUAGCAAAACGUUUUGCACAGGAGAACGAAAACGAGCGUUUCUUAUUGGA